AUGAAAUUUCAACAAAUUGAUACAACUCAUAUUUUAGUAUAUGAAAUGAUUGAACAAUUUACUGCUAUUCUUUUACAAUACUGCAAAGAAAUUGAUGGAAUUUAUGAUCUUUUUAUUAAAUAUAAAGAUAAUCCACCUAUAUUUAAAGAUUUUCCACCUAUUGCUGGUGUUAUUCAAUGGACUCGUUUUUUAUUUACUCGUAUAAAACUUCCAAUGAUUAAAUUUCAUCUAAAUCGUGUGUCAAUAUCAAUUGAUUCAUUACGUUCAAUAGUAAAUAAAUUAAAAUUAUAUAAAGAAAAAUGUCAUUUAUAUCAAUAUGUAUUUGAUCCAAUUGGUACAAAGAAAAAAAUUGAAAUAAAAUAUUUAAUAAAUUAUGGUUCUAAUUUAAAAGAAUCAUUAAUUGAAUGUUAUUAUUUAGAAAAACUUGGAUUUAAUUUACCGGAAUCAAUUAUACAAAUAAAAUUACAAUAUUCUAACUAUGAACAAUUAUCAAAUGAACUUUGUUUAAUGUUUGAAGAUUAUCAUUUAACAAUACCAUCACCUGAUUCUGUUGAAGUAUCACUUCUUCAAUCUUAUAUUGAUCAUAUUCAAAUAAUUAUUAAACCAGGAACAUCAAGAAUAUCAUUUGGUGAAAUUGGAAGUUUACUUACUUGUCGAGAAUAUUUUGAAUUUCUCGAAAAUAAACGUAAAGAAAUUAUAUUAAGUUUAAAACGACGUUAUGAACUUAUUGGUCCUUUAUUAAAUAAAGUCAAAACAUUAGUUUUUGGUACGAAUACUGAAAAACAUAAAAGAAUGCAUCCAUUUUAUACAUAUUGGGAACAUGAAAUAUUUGCUUCCUUAGUUGAAUUAGUUAUUCGUAAUCUAUGUCAAUUUUAUGAAAAUAUUUNUGGAUUUAAUUUACCUGAAUUAAUUGUACAAAUAAAAUUACAAUAUUCUAAAUAUGAACAAUUAUCAAAUGAACUUCGUUUAAUGCUUGAAGAUUAUCAUUUAACAAUAGCAUCACUUGAUACUAUUGAAGUAUCACUUCUUCAAUCUUAUAUUGAUCAUAUUCAAAUAAUUAUUAAACCAGGAAGAUCAAGAAUAUCAUUUGGUGAAAUUGGUAAUCUUGAUUAUGUCAAUGAAUGUAAAAAACAAUUAGAAAAAUUUCAUUCAAUUCUCAAUCAAAUACGAAAAAUUUCAUUAGAUAUUCAUGAACAUCUUGAAACUUUUCGUUUUUGUAUUAUUGAUCCAAUUGUUCCACGACAUAAUGAUGGAAGUUUAUUUACUUGUCGAGAAUAUUUUGAAUUUCUCGAAAAUAAACGUAAAGAAAUUAUAUUAAGUUUAAAACGACGUUAUGAACUUAUUGGUCCUUUAUUAACUAAAGUCGAAGCAUUAGUUUUUGGUACGAAUACUGAAAAACAUAAAAGUAUGCAUCCAUUUUAUACAUAUUGGGAACAUGAAAUAUUUGCUUCCUUAGUUGAAUUAGUUAUUCGUAAUCUAUGUCAAUUUUAUGAAAAUAUUUUUGGCACUUUAUCUCUUUUUACAGCUGAUAUUAUACUUGCUCCUCCUCGUAUUAAAUUACAACCACCACUUGAAGGAAUUAUUAAUUCUAUUCGACGUAGUGCUCAUGAAAUAAGUCAAUUACCUAAACAUUUCGUACGGUGGUUACAUGGUACAUGUAUAUCAUGUCCCGUAAUACCAGUAAUUGAGGAAAAUCUUGAAUCGCCUGAUUUUACUUUUUAUAAUGAUGUUAAACAACAUCGUGAUGUCAUUUCAACAUUAAAACCAGUUCGAUCUUAUGCUUCUGGAUUAGUUGCUUCUAUAAAUCAAACUCUUACUCAAUUAUUAACAUAUAAUGAUUUAUGGAAAAGUGAUAAACAAAAAUAUACAAGUCGAUUUGCUUUAAAAUCUCGUACAUAUUCUGAUUAUGAUGAAAUAAUGAAAAUUUUUUCUAAUAUUUAUUCAAUUGAAUUAUGUUUUAAACAAUUUCAUCAAGCAUUAACAUAUCAUUGUAAAGAAUAG